CGUAACUAAAACGGGAAUACACAGGUGUUCCUCGGCUCCUUCGCGGACAGAGAGAAGUCUUCCAAUGCGGAGCUGCGGUCCCGAGCGAACUUAAUGGCUUGCGACAAUCGCGCGAAGGUGUAUCUCGGAUACGAGGACGAGUACGUCACCGAGAAGCACCGUGCCUCGCUCAGCUUCCAGACGAACAAGAUCGGCGGACAUCCGAACUGUUACGGCAAGAACACACUGUCGUCGCCCCAAUGCAGACUCUGCGGCUUGUAUCAACUGUUGGCGCUGCAACUGUACGCGCCGUUAGAUAAUUCGAAGUACCAUCGGACGUUAUAUAUCUUCGCGUGCAUCAAUCCGAAUUGCUGGAAUCAAAACGAGAGCUGGACAUGCCUGAGGAUACAGCAUCUCGAGGACGAGAGCAAGACGAGCGCGUCGGACUGCGUAAACGUGCCGUCCACGACGGCCUGGCUGUCGGACGCGGACGAUUGGGGGGAUAACGUGAACGACAACGCGUCCGAGCAGAACGGGAACAACAUGCUGGGGAACGAUCCUCUGCAGUUUCACUUUUCUCUGCGCAAGGAGAUAGACCAGGACAUCCGGGAGGAGUUGUCCAUGCUGCGUGUGGAUGAUCCGAAUGCAAAUAGCCCGACCAGCGUGGAUUCCCCGGUCAGCGGGGGCGCCGUGGGUCGCUUGGACUCCCCGCAGGCAUCUGCGGAGAUCGACGGGGACGAGAGCGAGGUCGUGUGCAUCGACACCCCGACGCGGCCGCAGUGUGAUCUAGUUAGUUUACUGCACGAGGUGACGCCGUUGCCGCUGCAAAUCACGAACGCGGAGACCAAGUACUCCUUCGUCGAGAUAUUCCUGUCGGUCGACGAGGAGGACCGCAGCACGGACGUGUCCCAGCACGUGCGGGAUCUGCUGGUCGAGUAUCAGCACAGCAAUGCGGACGUGUCGAUGAAGUUCAUGCCGGAAUCCGGCAAUCCCAAGAGCAUCGACACCGACGUAGAGAAGUACGAGAAGGGUAUCCCCAGGCACGGCGACGAGAUAUUCCAUAAUUUCGUCUGCAGAAUACAGAGGAAUCCCGGACAGUUGCUACGAUAUUCGAGGGACAACGCGGCACCAUUAUUGCUGUACCCGCUAAGCGGCUGCAUCGGCAAGUGUCGGCACUGCGGCGACGAGAUGACGUUCGAGCUGCAGGUACUGCCGACGAUAAUACCAAAGCUGACGCUGCAUCCGCGCAGCGAGCGGAAUUUCCAGAUCGAGUUCGGCACCGUUUUGAUAUACACCUGCGUGAGGAGCUGUUGGUCCGCGACCGACUCGCACCGGGAGGAACACGUGGUCGUACAGGCGGAGAGACUAUAGUCGUUAAGGACGACUAGUCAUGUUACGUCUGUAGAGAAAUACCGUCCACCACCUGUUCGUGUAAUACAUCAGAAGUCUCCUAAGUAGCGAGCGACAACCACGUACGUUGAGAAAUGACCGGACAAAGCGGAUCAGUCGGACGUGGGUGAAUGCAUAGCGGGGAAGGGAGGGGGGAUAAAGUCGAGAUGGCACCUGGCACGGUGUAAUAGUCAACAAGCAAACGUAAGUCGCAGCGACGCGAGCAAAACGCAAGCUUUGGCGUAUGUCGUAGAAUUCAGCGUGCUGCGUGGCCAAAAGUAAGUAAAUAUAAAACAGUCACCGACCCACGUGGGUGGAUGGUUUCACAAAAUCUUACGUAAGUCCGAGCCUCCAUACGUCACAUCUACUCUGUGCACACGUUGCACAAUGCCCGGAGUAGAAACACGGCAGUGGCGGUACGCCAUUACGUGACUAGUUAGACGUGUUACCAGCAGCGACACUGAUCUCAUACAACUGCUUCGAUCCGUAGCGGUGAAUUUUUUCACCAGGAAUUAACCUACGUAAGUACGGCUCCGUAUGUCGGGAGCUGACUGUCAUUUGAUCAUUCCUGAUUAAACGGAAAGUAAUCUUGUUCGGUUACCUUAAAAAGCGAAUAAAAAGAUUUUUGGAGAAUUUAGAAUCGAUGAUCCGUUUUUAUCCUUGAAACAUUCUCUAAAGCGAUUUUAUAUAAAUAAGGACGACGAAAGAUCGCAGUUAACUUGAAGUUACCAUUGCUCAUCGUUCGAUCAAGCGUGCGAGUACAAAAGUAGAUAACUGUUUUACAAGAAAUUUCAUAAAAGUCUCAUUUGCUUUCAGGACAAACGGCUAUGUGGUUGAUGCGAAAGUUGAUAUUUCGGUUUUUUUCUUUUUUUUUUUUUAUAAAAAUAUACAUGAAACACUUGUUUUUGGUUACCGUAGCACGUACAAUUCCACGACAUACGCCAAAGCUUGUGCGUUGCUCUCGUCUACGACCUGCAUUUGUCGUAGGCCACUACGCCCUGUUAUGUGCUGCACGAUCCUAAGGAGCGAACCAAGUACGUCAUAUCGAAUUCGAUGACAUCGUUUGUGAGAGUCCGAGGUAAACUAUCGAAAUUAUCAAAAAUAUACUAGGCUCUUUAAAUUGAUACUAGCGAGGUAUACUUAAAGUACACAUUAAGCGAAGCGUUUACUCGAUCACAUCGAAAGGGGGUGCUCGAUAUGUCGCAACCGGGACCGGCCAGCCCUCCCCUUUCACCUCCGGCUGCGUUUUCCCUCGUCAAGGGAAGAAAUACCCGUGUUCUUCGUCCGGUUGUUUCUCACACCCACGACGACGACGAUGGCGCGGCGACGUAGCGGAAGAGUCGGGAGCCAUGCAUUCCUCGAGUUACACUUAUCGAGCGAGGAAGAUUCUAGGGGAUAUGCCCGUGCGAUAGAAGAGUCUGAUUAAGAGCAUUUAUUUUACUUUUCGACUCGAUCUUAGUAUAUAAGGUACGAUUGUACAAUUGCUACUGGCGUAUAAAUACACAGAAGAGCUCGGUGGAA